UUAAGUAGGCUCACGAAGAGUGACCUUAAAUAAUGAAUUGUACACAGCACGUUCCAGAUUUAAUUUCACUGAAUGCAGUGCGAAUUAUAGCAGCAGUUUCACUACACUAAUCUUCAAGUUAUCUUACUAUUGCAAUACGUAUUUUUCAGAUGGUGGUAGGACUGGUAGGUAUGCAAUAAACAAUCAUUAAUAUGUGCGAUGUACAGAAUGUUUAAAAUUGGAUGUGACAACAUUAACAGAAGUAAUUUUUAUAAACAAUUUGUCUCUUUUAUUAAUUACUGUAUUUAUUUACAAAACUUUCGUGCAUUUUCCUCAAAAAUUAUUUUCCUGAAAAAUUUAAAUGGAAAUUUGGAAACGAUCUUUUUAUAUAAGCAAAAGGAUACGAAGUUAAAUCAAAUAAAUUCAUUUUUUUAUCAUAGAUCCUAUCUAAUGAAGUCAAAUAACGUCCUUCUUGUCUAUGAGGUGAGAUAUCUUAUAUUUACAGCAAAAUUUGAUAAUCUGACCGCCUUUUAUAAAACGUCUACACAACACCCUGUACACGGCCGGAUAUCAGUUGCGGCGGAGCUCAGCGCUCUGCCUACUGCAAUGAAGAAGGUAAAUCGAAAAGACAGUAGAGAAUCGCCUAGGAAGUGUCACGAAGGUGCCGAAGAAGGAAAAGACGGGCAGUUUUAGUGUGCCAGUUUUCACACGCGGGUCGCAAGAUGCACAGGCUGUGUUUUGUUUUGGUGCUCGGCUGUCUGCACCGUCAUGCAUACUCGAGAUUUAUCUUGCCGUACGUGCCCGACGUGGUUCAUCCUCCAGUGCCGGACCAUGUUAUCAACGCAUCAAGCGAAUUGGGUGAAGAAGCUUUUGAUCCCGAGCUUUCCCCUGGUCUAUUUCAAGGCGACAUGGCUUUGACUAAUGAAUUUUACAACUUUUGGAGAGUAGGCAUUAGAUGGGACGUUUUUCCAGAGAAAUUAUGGGAGAACGGAACAGUACCAUACGUUAUAAGUCCUCUCUAUGAGCCGUCAGACCUAGCCACGAUCAUCAAAGCCAUCCGUACGUUGAACUUCAUGACUUGCGUCAGGUUUGUACCAUGGAACGGUAAGAGCAAGGAUUACCUCCUCAUAUGGCCGAUAAAGUACCCAAAAGGAUGCUGGUCUUUCGUUGGGCGCUUCGGUGGAGCCCAAAUAGUGAGUUUGCAGGCUCCCGAUAAAAGAGGACCGAAUUGUCUUGGCACCGAAGGGCGGGCUAUCCACGAGCUGAUGCACGCCUUGGGUGUCUUCCAUGAACAGUCCAGGUGGGACAGGGACAAAUUCGUCAAAAUACACACUGAAAAUAUUAUACCCCAGUAUAAAUCGAAUUUCGACAAGCAGAGUUUGGAUAACACCACCUACAGCUUCGAAUACGACUACGACUCUAUCAUGCAUUACGGCAAAUACUUCUUCAGCAAGAAAAAGGGAAAACCUACGAUUACAGCCAAACAGCCCGGUGUGACAACUCUGGGACAGAGGAAAGCUAUGUCCAAAGGAGACUGCUUGAAACUCAACGACCUGUAUGGUUGUUUCAAGAACCCGAGAAGGAGAAGAAAGUACUACAACAUAUGCAAUUUUAUGGGCUUGUAA